AUGGCUGCAGGCUGCGGAGUGUUCCAUCUGUGCCUGGUGACCACAAUGGCGUGCAGCAUUCUAGAAUGUUUGAGCUACACUAGGCCGGAGACGGUUCAUGCAGAGGGAAUACAGGAAGAGAAUUCACUACCUCUAGAAUCUUGGCCUCUUAUGGCCACCAAAGAUGGUGACAUCAUCAUUGGUGGAAUCUUCCCGGUGCACGAGAGCGUUGACUUCAUAGACAUGGAUGAACGACCAUCCAGACGGACCUGUUCCAGGUUUUCUGUAGCUCGGAUAGUCCAAACCUUGAUGCUGAUUGAGGCAGUUGAGACCAUCAACAACUCCCCGUUGCUAGGCGACCUGACUCUGGGCUACCGAAUCGUGGACUCCUGUUCGGAUGUUAUCACGGCGAUCAAUGUGACCCAGAGAUUUCUGGAUGUGGACAGGACCAUUUGCCCAGAUGUAUGGAAAACAAUGGAUGGAAAUCACUGGAACAACUGGCCGAAUAGUCCUCUGAAACCUGUAGAUGUCGUUAUAGGAGAGUCCUAUUCUGAAAUCUCCAUUGCUGUGGCCAGGCAGCUCUCUGUUCAUUUGAUCCCACAAAUCAGUUAUGCUUCAACUACGGGACUUCUGAGUGACAAAAAUCGCUUCCCAGCGUUCAUGCGCACAGUGCCAGAGGACAGGUAUCAGGCCCAUGCAAUUGUGGACAUCCUGCAUAAGUGCGGCUGGAAUUGGGUGGGCCUGGUGACUACUGAUGGAGACUACGGCCGGUACCUUGCCAAACGCUUCCAGGCGCGCGCCAAGGAAAAAGGCAUCUGCAUUGGCUUUAGUACAGUGCUGCCUGACAUCCUCAGUGACAGUGAUCUAAAAGACAGGAUCAGGGAAACCAUCGAGAACAUUGAAAGUGACCCCAGUAUCGGUGUCAUUGUGUCCUUUGCCAAGCCGCAUCACAUGAAGGACAUUAUGAGGAAACUCAGCCCCAAGGCCGCAGGCCGCAUGUGGCUAGCGAGCGACAACUGGGCCAUGGCUGCGCAUCGCGUGUUUGAAGGCUCCAACCUGGCGCUCAAGGACACUGGCAAUGUCAUUGGGGUCACCUUGAGGUCAGCCACUUCUGAGAGGUUUGACAGCUAUCUGAGCAACCUGAAUCCCGACUUGGCCGCCCACAAGAACAACUCCAUUCUGCAUCAAUACCUCUUGCAGCUCCAGAACGAAGGCCAAAAUGUUGCUCAGCCUGAUUUGGGCUGGCAGCUGAAGAAACAAAUGACCCCCUCUGCCAUCUUCAGUGUGGGCUUGGCGGUUAAAGCCAUCGCUAGUGCAGUGAAGGACCUCUGCAGACAUAGGGACUGCAAGGCAGACAAACAGCCCUGGAUGCUUAAGAAUGCUUUGCGGAGUACCACGUUCCAAUGGGAACCAGAUGGCUUAGAGUACCAGUUCGAUGAGAAUGGUGACCUCAACACUGGCUAUGACCUCAUACUAUGGAAGCAGAAUGGACAACAGGUGGAUAUGGAUAAUAUUAUAGCCACGUACAGCAUCGAGUCUGAAGACUUCUCUUUCAAUGAUGACAGGCUGGAGUGUCUGGACUGCGCACCCAGCCACUGGUCCAAUGAGGGCAGUCAGGAGUGCCAGCAGGAAGAAGAACUGUUUUUUGACUGGGAGGAACCCUUUGCCAUCCUCCUGGUGUCAUUCUCGGGGCUAGGCAUGGUACUCACACUGGUGGUUCUGGUUCUAUUCCUCCUCCAGUGGAAAACCCCAGUGGUGAAGGCAUCCGUUGGGCCUGUCUCAAUCCUGCUCCUCAUCUCUUUGCUUGGUGCCUUCGCUAGCACCGUCCUGCAUGUGGGUAAACCAGAGCCGAUGCAGUGCCAGGCGCGCCAGGUGCUCUUUGGCCUAAGCUUCACCCUGGCUGUCUCCUGCGUCCUUGUCAAGUCCCUGAAGAUUGUCCUGGCCUUUCAGGUAGGCCCCGGGCCGUCGGGGAAGCUGGCUAUGGCCAAACACUUCCAGCCGUAUCUGAUCAUAGCUGCCUGUAUGUCCAUCCAGGUAGCGAUCUGUGUUGCCUGGCUCACCAAUAGCCCUCCCCGACCCAAAACAGGACCCAGAGAGAACGGUAAAGUUGUCCUGCUGUGCGAGGAGGGCGAUGGGGGAAACUUCCUCUACUUCGGCCUCAUGUUGGCGUACAUUGGUGCCCUGUCCCUGGCGGGGUUUGCCAUCGCCUUCAAGGGUCGCGGGCUGCCCCACUGUUACAACGAGGCCAAGCACAUCAGCUUCGGCCUGCUCAUCUACAUCAUCAGCUGGGUGCUGUUCGGCCCCAUCUACGCCCACGCCAAAGCGGGCACGUACCAGCCUGCGGUGGAGAUUAUCGUCAUCCUCUUCUCGGCAUACAGCCUCCUCGGCACGCUUUUCCUGCCCAAGUCUUACGCGAUCCUCUUCAAGAGGGAGACCAACACCAGGGAGGCUUUCCGCCGUUGUUUACGGGAGCACAACAUUGGUGGGUCUCUGCAACCCCCCUCUAUGACGCAGUUACCUUCUGCCCCCCCUCCUCCACCUGCUCCAGUACUAACAAGAGCACCACGUGACCUCCUGCCAAAGAAAAUGAAGAGAAGCAGGACCUUAUAA